GUUUUCGGUAUGCUGAAAUUAUAUGCUUAGUACUAAGAAAUGCGUUAAGAACUGCAAAUGAUACUAAAUUAAUCCAGUACUAAAUGUCGCUAGAUUUUGAAGCUCCUAAUGUUCCUGAGCAACUACAACUAACAUAGCUGAUAGCCCCUCUGAUAGUGGGUCGACAAUAUAAUUUAUGGACGACCUUUGAAAGAAUCUUAAGUGACCUUGAAAAAUAUUAGCCAAUUCGAAAACAAUUAGUAUGGAGUAAAAAUAUAUUAUACAACACCAAAAAAUGAGAAUUUGAUCUACUUAUGGACCAUAAGCGCCCUAAAUUAUGUUCUCUGGAAACUGAAAGUGCUGACAAUGAAGUGGAUAUCCUUCAACCCAGCGAAGUUGGAAUCAGUACGUUCGUACAGCCUUUAGUUGAAGGGUUCGAGGCAACGUUGAAAAAUAGAUGGGAAGACUUUAUUGUUCGUGAAUUUAGAGGUCAAAAUUAUGCAAGGCUUACUGAUUUAACACCAAUUCCGGAUCCUACUCCUGAAGCUAAUGAUUUUACUAUGGAAAAGAAACUUGAAGUUCAUUUGUCUGAACUUCAAAACUUGAGCCGUGGUGAUAUUGAAGUAUUAAAAAUUAAAGCACCAGAUGAUAAAGCAGACAGAACACAGAUUCACCAAGCAAUACGUGCAUUGUUCCCAUCACUUGAAAGCACAACAUCACAAGAGGGCAAUGAAAAUAUGAUUGUUGUACAUCGAAAAGACCAUCCUGAAGCCAAAGGUUCACGACAAUCCAGAAGAAGAGCCAAUGGUAUGUCUAAAAGUGCACCAUAUUGCCAUUUUGUACUUUACAAGGAGGGUAAAGACACACUUAGUGCUAUCCAAGUUCUCAGUCGUUUCCUUCAUGUUGGACCUAGUACAUUUUCAUUUGCUGGCACAAAAGAUCGUCGAGCAAUUACCACACAGUUUGUUACAGCGAAAGGUAUAAAUUCGAAAACGCUAUCAUUACUGAAUACACGGCUUCAUGGCUUACGUUUAGGCAAUUUUUCAUACGUUUCUUCUCCUCUGUUUCUCGGAGAUUUAGACGGAAAUCAGUUCGUAGUUGUGCUAAGAUCGGUGUGUGCACCAAGAUCCGUCAUUGAAACUGCAGUUGGGACUUGGAAAAGUACUGGUUUUGUAAACUAUUACGGUCUCCAAAGAUUUGGUCAUUCUUCCAAAUCCAAAAGUUUCGAAAUUGGAAAAUAUCUUAUUCGUUCAAAAUGGGCGGACGCUAUUGACCUUAUCUUAAAACCAACUUAUGCAGACUUACCUUUUCUUAGAAAGGUCAAAGAAAAAUUCUUACAAUCCGGCGAUGCAAAGGGUUGUGCCGACGAUUGUCCAUUGGGUAUAGAAAAGACUUUACUGUUAGGUAUUGCAAAGUAUGGCAAAACUUUGAAGGCCAUUCAAAUGCUUCCUCGAAACCUUCGUCAACUCUAUGUGCAUAGUUAUCAAUCUUUCUUAUGGAACCAUGUGGCAAGUUUACGUAUGACUCAUCAAAAUCCUGGUGACCUUUUUGCAAAGCCUGGUGAUCUUUAUUAUAAUGAUCAGAAUGUAAUAACCCCAGAUAAUUGUGAAGAUGAUAUCAACUUCGACGAUUCUGUAUUAGAAACAAACGAAUCUGCAAUAUCAUCAGCAAAUUCUCUUCCAUCAUCUAAAUUAUCAUUCAUACAUCCACUAGUAGUUGGAGAAAAUGAGAAAAUCCCUUUAAAUUCAGUUGUACUUCCUGUUCCUGGUUACGCUAUACAUUAUCCAAAAAAUCAUACGUGUUAUUAUCUGAGCUUCAAUGUCGAUUAAUGGGCUAAGUGAGGAAGAAUUAUCUGAAAAGUUCCUUGUUUCAAUAACUCAUUUUAAAGUAAUAUAUCCAUCAGGCUCGUGACUAAUAUAAAAAAUAACAUAUUUUAUACUUACCUACUCAAUCGACAACUUCCUCUGAACAUGUGAUAGCGAACCCAAUACCCUUCUCUUGAUCCGAACAGUUUUCAGACUUUUACAAAAGCUUAAUUUUGCCUUUGUACUCCUGUCAACACUGGGAAUACAUAAAGUAAUUUAACUAAAGCCUUUACUGCUUUUUUAUACAAGUACAAAGUCCCCAAAAUCGUCGUACAAUUAUUAUUUGCUUAUCCUCAAUAAUUGAUUUAGGCGCCGAUUGGUAUGCCAAAUUACUAAAAGAAGGUUGUUUGACAGUCAAAGAUUUCAGUCAUUCAGUUAAAGACUUUGCACUCCCUGGUUCUUAUCGGAAAUUAAUUGUUGUCCCAGAAAAUGUAAAAUAUGAAUUUCAUGAAUAUUCAAACCCUGAUACACCUCUAGUGAAGUCUGAUCUUCAGAUACUAAAUGGUACAAUUACAAAUAAUAUUUUAACUUCUGCUUCACAAAAUGAGACACAAAAUACUGAUAUCUGCUUAGAUAAAGAUGAAAAACAACAGGCUGUCGUCCUGACGUUUAAUUUACCGAAAUCGAGUUACGCUACCAUGGCAAUACGCGAAUUAACGAAAACUGUUAUAGAAAAGAAAUAGAAGUUUAUGAAAAUUCCUUUCUGAAACUUGAUUUCCUAAACCGUAUCCCAUAAAAUUAUGUGUAAAUUAACAUGAUCUAUGUAUAUUCUUCUUUAAAAAAUUAUCCAAGUAGAUUUUACCAUUUUGAGUAGUCCCAAAAGUGGUUCCUGCAGGAGUCUGUUUAAAAGCAAACAAAAUCAAUCAGACAUGGGUUAUUAGUCUACUGAAGAAGAGUGGGAAUCUUUCUAUGAAACACACAUCGGUUUUUCUCUGUCUUAUUGAGAUUUACGUAGCCCUUAGCUUAUUGGUUUAACUAUAGUUCUUCAAACUGAAGUCCUGAAAAUAAUGAUGAAGGCUCACAAGAUGAGUGUCGUGGUUCGAGAGACCUAUGUUAUAUAUAUAUAUAUAUGUCUAGUAGUCGGCGAAACUCUCUCCAUUUACUAAGUGAUAAACGGAUAACUCUCCUGUUCGUACACUAGCUUUGUACUAAUUACGAGACUAUUUAUGAAAAUCAGUCAGCAACAGCCUGUGGGAGAGAAAACAACUUCCAGCUGAAUAGAAAAUUAGUUAAAACGCUGGAGAUGAGUAGGACAUACAUUGGGGAAAUCGUAAAACUGCAUCGCGAUGCAAGCGCUUACCUGCAAUCCUGAAGGAAAACGUAACAAAGGGAAGCCGAAAAACACAUUACGUCGGGAAUCGAAAGCGGACAUCAAAACGAUGAAUAGCAACUAGAGAUGAUUUCCCAGGACAAAUUUCGAUGGAAAACACUGGUGAGCAACUUAUGCUCUUCCACAAAGGGGCGGGUAGUGAAAUUCUGAGAAGGCACAAAGUAGAUAUGCGCCCUAAAAACCCAAACCGAAGGUAGUCUUAUUAGGGGCCCACUCCCCUAGCCUUCG